GCAAAAGUUCAGCUAGAAAUGCUGAAAGGAGUGCUGACUAUUUUGGCCAUUGUGGCUAUAACCGGAGCUAUUGACGAUUUUGAUCCUUUCAUAGAUAUACCAUUUAAACGGAUCAAGACUUCGGCGGAGCGCAUUGAGGCCCAUGGUUACCCGGCCGAAUCGCAUUUCGCGGAGACCCCGGACGGCUAUGUGCUGAACCUGUUCCGCAUCCCCCACUCCCCCAAACUGAACAAUGCGGGUGGGGAGGGCCGUCCGGCGGUGCUCAUCAUGCACGGACUGUUCAGUUGCUCCGAUUGCUUCCUACUCAAUGGGCCGGAAUCGGCUCUGCCGUUCAACUACGCAGAUGCCGGCUACGACGUCUGGCUGGGCAAUGCCCGUGGCAAUAUCUACUCGAGGAACAACACCCGGCUGGACGUGAAGCAUCCGCACUUCUGGAAGUUCAGCUGGCACGAGAUUGGCGCCAUCGAUCUGCCCACCACGAUUGACUACAUACUGGAUCGCACGGGGCAGCAGGCCCUCCACUACGUGGGCCACUCCCAGGGCUGCACAUCCUUCUUCGUGAUGGGCUCCUUCAGGCCGGAAUACAAUGCCAAAAUCAAGACGGCUCACAUGCUCGCCCCGCCCGUGUACAUGGGCAAUACCACGGAGGGGCUCAUUGUGAGCACUGCUCCCUUAUUCGGACAUCAUGGAAUCGGGUCCACACUGUUGGAGAACCAGGUCCUGCUGCCCCAGAAUGCCUUCAUCCAGAGGUUAUUGGACACCACGUGCAGCAACCAGCCAAUUAUGCUCGGCUACUGCAAGACUCUGGCCAUGCUCUGGGGAGGUCCUGAAAUUGGAAACCUGAAUCAGACCCUUCUCCCCCAAAUCGCUGAGACCCAUCCCGCCGGAGUCUCCUCCAACCAGGCCAUUCACUACAUUCAGUCAUUCGCCUCCAACGAGUUCCGUUUAUACGAUUGGGGAAGCCGCAAGAACUUGGAAUAUUAUGGGGUGGCCGAACCCCCGUCAUAUGAUAUUACCAAAAUCACGUCUGAACUAUAUCUGUACUACGGCUUGUCGGAUGGAUCGGCCAACAAGAAGGAUAUAUCUCGUCUGCCCGAACUUUUACCCAAUUUGGCCCUGCUGCAUGAAGUGCCCGACCCCACGUGGGGACAUUUGGACUUUAUUUUUGCCACGGAGGUCAAGAAGGUCAUCAACGAUAUGGUACUGGAUUAUAGCAUAGCUUACGAUGCGGAGGAAUCCAAUAAAUAAAGAUGGAAAAUGGUAAA